AUGGAGGGUAUCCAUCAUGGAGGUCAUGGUGGCCGACCGCUGCAAUCCGCGGCUUUUCCGGACAUGGAUUCCCAUAUGAUGUCGGACGACUUUUCCUUUGGCUCCCCCUUCAGUCCUACGAGUUCCACUGCCCAGGAUGGUAUGCUGAAUGACCCCAUUUUUCCGGAGUGGAGGAGUGGUGCCCCGCGCGGUGGCGACAACCCCGACGAAUUGCAGCGGCAAGACCCCUUGGCUGCUCAGAUCUGGCGGCUUUACACCAAGACCAAAGCCAACCUGCCAAACCAGGAACGUAUGGAGAAUCUGACCUGGCGAAUGAUGGCUAUGAGUUUGAAACGCAAGGAACAAGAACAGCUACGGUCGUCGCAAGCCAAUCAUCAUACCACCAGUCCUACCCCGAGCGGGAUCGCGCAGUUGCAUCUGUCCGACCAGGCGUCGACAGUCAACUCGAACUCCAGCAUGAACCUCGAUUCCACCCCAGAUGCCAUGAACUUGGAUGACUUCAUCGUCCCCUUUGACUCCCCCGUCGAGUAUUCGUCUCACCCCACCGUGGACCGUCAGUUCACCGCGACACCAACCGCUUCCAUCCCGAUCAAAUCGCGCAAGGACCAACCAGCCGACCCAUCCGUCGCAGCGUCAUUUCCACACCCUCCCCAGGAGCAACGAAAGAACAGCGAGUUCGGCUACGUCGCCCGUCGGGUCCGCAAGACCAGCGUGGAUGAGCGUCAGUUUUUCUCCGGGCUAGCAGUGCCCACGCGCAAACGCCCGGCCGAUGCUUCACCACAGGUACCCCCCGUAUCGAACGCGAUGAUGGCACAACACUCUGAAAUGUCGGCGGCGGGAUUACCGGAUUACUCCCUCGACCACUCCCCGGCCGGUUUCGCCAUGCCGACCAACGGAAUGGGUCCUCGGCGUCAUCUCCACCAGCAUACCGUCUCAUCGGGUCUCCCGUACGGCCUGGAUACAUUUGGUGUGGGUGAUGAGAGCGCAAUUAGCUCCGCGGGCCCUUACCAACAGCACUUUACCUUCUCUCCUUCAGACUCCCCUAUGACAGCUGGCAACCCAUUCUCCAGCCUAUACGCACAGACCCCGUUGGCGACAUCUCUUAACUCCACUGAGUUCUUCUCUCCACCUCCAUCCGGAUACCAGUCGGCCGUGUCGACGCCUCAGCCAAUUUAUGAAGGCGAACAGUCUAUAUUCUUCGAUGCGCCAUCGACCGAUUCCCACAACCAGCGCCGUAUUCCCACAUAUCUGCAGCAACGGUCCUCCAACUUGUCCGCAUCGCUACAGCCUCGCCAAAUGUAUAACAGUACCAACGGAGAAUAUCAGUCACCUGUUACUGGGCCACCCACCACUAUGGGUUUCUCUGUUCCGCAGCAGCAUGUUGACCCCAACCAGGUGCUGGGGCAUGAAUAUUCCUCCACCGCGCCUAAUACCAGCAUGUUUACUUUCGGUGGAGACUCAGAUAACGAAGACGACGAUGGCCAGUCAUAUGAGCGCGGAGGCAUUGCAAUGCCCCAUGACUUUUCAUCCAUGGAUGAGACCGGCGAUAUGAACGCGGGUUUGACGUGGGAUGCAGGGUUCGCAGGUUCUGUUCAGUCAUUACCUGGAUUUAAUGGUCAACAUCGCAAGCAUGUCACCAUUGGUUCGACUGACAUGAUGGAGGGCCCACCCGAGUGGCAGCAUCACGCGAGCCUUGGCCGUGGGCAUGGCUCCGCAGCCUCCGUCAGUGAGGUUCGUAACCGAGAACAAGACCAUCGCCGUCAUCAAAAAAUUGCGCGCACUGCUUCGACUCCCAACGCCCCCGGCCUCUUGCGUCAAAGUAUGAACGGCAAUGCUAGCGGGCCGCCAACGAACCACCCAUCCCCUAAUACCCCACCUGAGUCAGGCCUUAGUAGCGCCGUUCCCUCUCGACCAGCCAGCCCCGGUGGUUCUAAGAAUGGUGACCCUAAUGCGGGGCCGACUACGUGUACAAACUGUUUCACGCAAACCACUCCACUGUGGCGUCGCAACCCUGAGGGACAACCCUUAUGCAAUGCUUGUGGUCUGUUCCUGAAACUUCACGGCGUGGUUCGACCCUUGUCGCUCAAAACCGAUAUCAUUAAAAAGCGGAACCGCAGCAGUGCCAACAGCUUGGCUGUCGGUACCUCUCGCUCCUCCAAGAAGUCUUCUCGCAAGAACUCCAUUGUGCACGUGCCAACUAGCGUUGUUAACUCGCGUGCGCCGAGCAACAACGCUUCCGAGUCGCCGCCUUCUCUCUUGGGAUCCAGCUUCUCUAACAAAUCGGGCGUGGUUCCUAUUGCCGCCGCACCGCCUAAACCUGGCCCUCCUGCUGGAGUUGCUCAGGCACGUGCAGGUGUGCAAGUAGCUCCCAGACGGCAGCGUCGUCUUGAAAAGGCACCUGCUGGAUCUGAGCCAGAUACGGAUGAUAGCCCCAAGUCAACUGCACCACCUUCUCGAUCCAAGGUGGUACCAUUGGCUCCGGCCAUGCACCCGGCAGCUGCCAACCCUGCCAACCACAGUAUUGCUGGUGGACAGGGUGCCAGUCAGGAAUGGGAGUGGCUGACCAUGAGUCUCUGA